AUGAGGGCUAUCAUUUUGUCUCUAUUGAUCAUAGGGACACUUUUCUCUUAUGUUAAAAGCGAUGUUCACAAAGAAGGAUAUUGUGUUAUGAGGGGCCAGUGCGGCUCAAAGUCUUCCUUUGGGAAGCAGCUAAAUUGCCCAUUCAACGAGUUGGCUGUUAACCCUGAGCCCGACAGUGCUCUACGUUCGAAAUUGAUAGACGUCUGUGGCCCACGGUUCGCAAAUUCUCGCACAUGCUGCGACUCGGAUCAACUUGAUGAUUUAGCUGCUAAUAUAAAACAAGUUGAAGCUCUUAUUUCCUCCUGCCCUGCGUGUUGGCAUAAUUUUCUUGAAUUCUUUUGUACAUUCACUUGCUCUCCAGAUCAAUCUCUCUUUGUGAAUGUCACAUCAACCGGAAGGUCUCAAACUAAUCAAACUAUUGUUACAAGCGUGGAUUUCUUUGUUGACGAGGAGUAUGGAAAAGGAUUCUAUGACUCGUGCAAAGAUAUCAAAUUUGCCGCUACAAAUGGAUAUGUCAUGGAUUUCAUUGGUGGUGGAGCUAAAAAUUACCAUGAAAUGCUGGUUUAUCUGGGAACUGAGCGACCAGGAGUUGGAUCUCCGUUUCAAAUCGACUUUCCUUCAGAAGAUACGAGCGGGUCCUUUCGCCCGCUGAAUAUUGCAGCUAAAAUGUGUAAUGACACAGAUACUGAUUAUAGAUGUUCAUGUGUAGAUUGCCAGACAGUAUGCCCAAUGCUAGAUCCAACCCCGGAAGAGAAGCCACAAUGCACUAUUGGCUUCAUUUCGUGUUGGUCUUUUGCCUUGUUACUUAUUUAUGUGGGUCUUAUUCUGGGGCUUGCAUUUGCUAUAUUCAUUAAGCGACUAUUUGACGAGAAAAGAAAUAGAGCUGGAUUCGAACCGGUGGCGUUGACAGAAGGCGGAAUGGAUAAUUUCAUCGAUAUUGAACAGAAUCGAAGAGGUUAUUGGUUGAAUAAUCUUCUUGAAGACUACUUUUAUCAACAAGGUUAUAUCUGUGCAAGAUAUCCUUGGCAGACAAUUUGUGUAUCGAUGCUUAUCGUAUCUAUUGCAUCUAUCGGUUGGUCUCGGUUUGAUGUCGAGACAGAUCCAGUAAAACUGUGGGUAGCGCCUAAUUCAGACUCGGCUUUACAGAAGGAUUUCUUUGAUUCCAACUUCAACCCGUUCUACCGUACUCAGCAGAUUUUUAUUAGCAAUAAAGUGUCUUCAAGCCCAGUAGUCAGCUACAAGAAUCUGAAAUCUCUGUUUCAGAUAGAAGAAAGUAUCAGACAUCUUAAAUCAAAUCCAAAUAAUUACACGCUUCAAGAUUUAUGCUUUCAUCCAAACGGGGACUCGUGUAUCGUCCAAUCUGUCGCAGGAUACUGGCAGUCAGACAUAUCAAACGUUGAUCCAGAGACAUGGGAUGCAGAUCUGGACUCGUGUGCUGCUAACCCACUAUACUGUUUACCCGAUUUCCAGCAGCCAUUGAAGGCAGAUAUGGUGCUUGGCGGGUUUGAAAAGGGAAAAUAUUCAAAGGCUAAAGCUAUGGUGAUGACAUUUGUAUUAAAUAAUUAUGUAAACAAUGAUGAAGUUCAAAAAGCCGAGGAAUGGGAAGCUGCACUGAGAACAUAUUUAGAAAGAUUAAUUAAUGGUGAAGUUGAAGACGUCGAUACUACAAAUUUACGGAUUAGUUACUCGACAGAGAGUUCGCUUGAGAAGGAGCUCAACAAAUCAACAAAUACGGAUAUCCUCACUAUAGCAAUAUCUUAUCUUGUAAUGUUUUUAUAUGCCUCAAUUGCACUUGGUAAACUCUCUACCUUCCCCCGCUUACUAAUAGACUCUAAAUUCACUCUUGGAAUAUGCGGUAUCUUUAUCGUCUUAGCAUCAGUCUCGACUUCGGUCGGAAUAUUCUCAUUCCUCGGGAUCAAAGUGACACUAAUUAUUGCUGAAGUGAUUCCAUUUUUAGUCUUGGCCGUCGGUGUAGACAAUAUCUUUAUACUUAAUCAUGAAUUCGAAAGAUUAACACUGAAAUCAAUGGGCGAUGAGCGCGUUGAGGAGAGAAUUGCCAAGACAUUAGGAUAUAUGGGGCCUAGUAUUUUAUUAAGUGCAUUGAGUGAAACGAUUGCCUUUGGAUUAGGAGGAGUGGUUACAAUGCCAGCGGUCAGGAACUUCGCACUAUAUGCUGCUCUGGCCAUUUGGGUAGAUUUUUCACUGCAGGUGACAGCGUUUGUCGCGUUUCUUUCAUUGGAUGCAAGGAGACAAGAGGAAGAUCGUUUGGAUUGUUUUCCAUGUGUGCGAGUCGAAGGGGUUUCCGAACGCAUCGAACGAGAAGGAACAUUACAGAGAUGGACCAGAAAAUAUUACGCUCCUGUUCUACUCAACAAUAAAGUGAAAGUCGUUGUAGUUGUGUUGUUUGUCGGUAUCUUUUUAACCUCAUUGUCACUGGUACCAAAAAUCGAACUUGGGUUAGAUCAAAGGAUUGCGCUUCCAAGCGAUUCUUAUCUUGUUGACUACUUUGAUGACUUGGACGAUUAUUUCGGUGUUGGUCCGCCAGUGUAUUUUGUUGCAAAGGAUGUUAAUGUCACCUCGCUCAAAGGACAACAAGAACUCUGUGGUCGGUUUAGCACAUGCCAAUCAUAUUCAUUUGCCAACGUUCUCGAACAAGAAAGGAAGCGCGCUGGAGUCUCUUACAUUGCCGAACCGACGGCUGUAUGGCUCGAUGAUUUCUUGCACUGGCUUAACCCAUCACUUGAUAUGUGUUGUCGUUUCAAGAAAGGAACUGAUCAGAAGGAACUCUGUGGCGAAUUUGAUGAUGAAGACGAUUGUGAAGUGUGUUUUGCUAAUAGAGAACCAAAAUGGAACAUUACUAUGGCCGGGUUACCAGAAGGAGAAGAAUUCAUAAGAUUCCUUGAUCUAUGGUUGAAUUCACAGCCAAAUGAGAGCUGUCCUCUUGCCGGUAAAGCAGCAUACGGUGAUGCUAUUGUGGUUGAUAAAGAGUCUGCGAAAGUCACUGCUAGCCAUUUUAGAACGUAUCAUUCGCCGCUAAAGAGUCAGCGCGAUUAUAUUGCAGCUUAUCAUGCAGCUCACAGGAUUAGUGAGGAUAUCAAAUAUUAUACUGGCGUUGAUGUAUUUCCAUAUUCGGUAUUUUACAUAUUCUUUGAGCAAUAUGCACAUAUUGUCAGGCUGACGACAGAAAUUCUCCUCCUUGCAUUUAUAUCUAUAUUUAUUGUCACUACUUUAUUAUUGGGAAGUUUAUGGUCAGGAUUGAUUGUGGUUGGACAUGUGGUGAUGAUUGUAGUUGAUGUUCUUGGAGUUAUGGCUAUCUGGGGAGUUACAUUGAACGCAAUUAGUCUUGUCAAUCUCGUUAUAUGUGUUGGUAUUGGAGUAGAAUUCUGUGUACAUAUUGUUAGGGCAUUUGUUGUUGGUGGGGCUGGGAUCGAUCGUGAUGAGCGUGCACACCGUGCUAUCACAGACGUUGGCAGCUCUGUAUUUUCUGGGAUCACUCUUACCAAAUUCGCCGGUAUUGUCGUACUUGCAUUUACCCGGAGCAAGAUAUUUGAAGUUUAUUAUUUCCGGAUGUAUGUUGCAAUGGUAAUAUCUGGUGCACUACAUGGAUUAGUUCUCUUACCGGUUGUAUUGAGUCUCAUAGGAGGAGAGGGGUCAGGAAGUGGUGAAGAGUUUGAUUAUCAUCUUUUUGAAGAUGAGGAUGUUUUUGAUGGACAUCCCGUUAGACGUGGUGAUAAUAGAAUGCUUGUUGAUGACGGAGGAAUAGACAGUGACGGUAGCGAUGAAGAUGUUAAUAUUGUAGCUUAG